AUGCCAAUGCUUGCUCCAAUAAACAAAAAUUCUUUUACGUUCCCGUACGCCAACAAGUGGUCUGUUCCAGGGAUGAAUUAUCAGAGAUGUCCAAGGCACUCUAUAAUUCAAUACCGCAACCUAAUUGACCACCUUGGGCCAGAUGAUUUUGUCUGGAUGCCGUACAAAGGUCUCGACCACGAGCCCAACCCUGAUGAUACCGCUGUGUGGACAUCAAAGACACCCAUAAUUUGGUUCACUACGGUGGAGAUGCACCAAAGUGACCGGGUGAAACUACAAUUUGGGAUGCAUCAGGAUAUUCCAGAUGCUCCAGUAGACUUGGGACAGUGGCAUCAAAAGCGGGUAGAUGCACAGUGGAGUUUGAGUGAUUGGAAGGAGUUUGCGAAGGACUUGCGUAUACACCGGAAAAGAAGAAGGCAAAUUUUAGAAAUUUUUUUGAAUUCUUGA